AUGACCAAGAUGAGCGCUGGCAUGUUUGCGGCAGUUGUGGCGAUGGCGGUGGUCCUCGCCUCUUCGGCGGACGGCUUUGAGGAGCUGACACUGACACUGCACGGAUCAGGGACGACCAACCCGUCGCGGCUGCUGUGGCUGACCGACUCGCUGGUGACGGCGCGGUCCAAGGUUCCCAUCCACGCCACGUACCGUGCGGUGGGCUCGUCUGCAGGACGGAGCGAGUUUGUGAACAACUUGAACGAUUACGCUGCGUCUGAGCUCCCGCUCUCGCCGAGCCAGUCCUCCGAUGUGGCGAGCGACGGUGAUGUUGCGCUGCACUUUCCGCUCCACAUCGGAGCCAUCGGCGUGUUUGUCAACCUUCCGACCGGGAGCAGCAUUGCGCCGGGCGCGGCGGUUAACCUGACGGCAGCUGCAGCUGCGGGCAUUUUCUCGCGAACCAUCACCACGUGGGACGAUGCUGCCAUUGUGGGCGUCAACCCGGGGCUGACGGUGCCUGCCGGCGCGGCGAUCACGGUUGUGCAUCGUGUCUUUGGCUCGUCGUCGACCUCGCUGCUUGCGGAGUUCCUCAACGCCGCGGCGCCCUCGCAGUGGCUUGUCCGCUCGUCGGGCGGCGAUGCCGUUGCUGCUGUCCUCGACUGGCCGGCCGACACGGUCGGCGUCGAGGGCUCGAGCCAGAUGGCGGCCAAGGUGGGUUCCACGCCCGGCUCUAUCGGGUACAUGGACGCUGGCCACGGGAUCGACGCUGGCCUCGCCGAAGUUGCGUUGCAGAACGCGGCCGGCCUGUUCCUCACCUCGGCCAAGGCCGACAUUGCCGCCGCAGCCUCGGUGGCGCCGCUUCCGGCCAGCUCGGCCGACGCCUGGGACUCGGUCACGCUCGUCAAUCAGCCGGGCACCACGACCUGGCCCAUUGUCUCGUUCACAUACCUUCUGCUGCGGCAGAACCAGACGCGGGGCGAUACCAGCGGCGAUGUGGUGUACGGCCAGCACCGCCAACAGCCGGACUCGGGCGCGCUGCUCAAGGCAUACGCCGAGUUUCUCUUCUCCACUGAGGGCCAGGAGCUCGCGGCCAAGUUUGGGUUCACCAAGCUCCCGCAGACGGUCAUCGACCUCAAUGCUGCCGGCCUCGCCACCAUCAGGCUCCAUCCGGACGUCCCUGUCUUUGCCUUUGAGGAGUCGACCGACACCGUCAACGGUGCCAAGGAGCGGACCAUCUCGGUCAAGCGGAAGAGCUACGAGCUGGUGGCGCUCGACGACCACGACGCCCAGCUGACGGCGGCGGCUGCGUCAAUCGAUGCCCUCACCACCAAGGUCGCUGCUCUCGAGGCGUCGGCUAGCUCGGGCUCGGGCACGGCGGCUAUGGCCUCGUCAUCGGGCUCGUCGUCGGACGACUCGACCACCGCCAACGUCGCCCUUGCCGUUGCCGCCAUCGCCAUCAUCUUUGCCCUCGCCGCAGGCAUCGUUGCCGCGCUCACCCUCCGCAAGCUCAGCGAGCUGCGGGCGGUCAUCGAUGCCGUCAACGACUCGCUCGUCCCAGGCAAGCGCUCGAACAAAGCCUCGCACAAGUACGUCAAGAACGAGCUCUCGCGCUCGGCCUCAUCGGUCUACUCGGACGUCGAGCUCCGCAACGUCAACGUCUAA